UAAUUACAUUGCACAGGCGUACAAUUUCAUUGUAUUGGUGUGUACAACGUCUACACUGGGCCAUCUGUUGCCAGUUCGACAUCAGCCCGACACACUACAAUACCUCGGUGUUUGUACAGGGACCCACGCCGAGGAGACCACGCCUUCACCAUGUUGGAGGAGUGCGAUGAGCGGGUACGACUGUGACAACCCUAAUCUUCCGCUCUGUAUCAACGACGGCCUCAAAAUGAAGUACAUGGGAAAUACUGAGACAAAAGAGACGCCCAAUGUGAGUAGAACUUCAUGGCCUAAAACUGAAGCUAAACUCUCUCUUGGGCAGAAGAUUGAAUAUAGGAGGGAACUACUUCACAGGCGGCGGCGCAUCGUGGAUACUGAGUUUACCCUGGCCAUGAUCGGCAUAGUCUUAAUGGUGGUAGAGACAGAGCUAUUUAUCAGUUAUGGCAUGGAAAAAGUAAGCAUAGCAUCCAUCGUAUUGAAAACGAUAAUAUCAGUCACCACGGUAAUCUUACUGUUUUGUAUAUGUCUAAACUAUUACACGGGAGCCAAAAUAAAGAUGGUCGACGCAGGUUUGAAGGAAUGGUACAUGGCGACAUCCUAUUGGCAUUGGUUUGGGUUGGUCCUAGAGUUACUUAUUUGCAGCAUCCAUCCCAUUCCGGGAAACAUACAGUUACCCUACGCGUCACCUGACGGGGUCCGUCGGACAGUCAGUCUGGACGCUGUGCUGUCCAUCGUAAUGGUGGCCCGCCUCUAUUUGGUGGCCAAGUUCGCAGUGGUACACAGCGUUCUACUGACGGAUACCUCCAUAUACAGUAUAGGAGCCCUCAGUAAAGUCAAGAUCAACACGCUGUUUGUCUUCCGGGCCGCCAUGAGAAAUCGUCCAGGGCAGCUUUUACUUAUGGUCAUGGUUUCGACGUUUGUCGUCAAUACUUGGGCGAUGAGAGCAUGUGAGCUGUACUACGAACGAGGGAACUAUCACAAAAAUUCGUACUUGGAAUCCAUGUGGUUGGUCGCCAUUACUUUUUUGACUGUGGGUUACGGUGACAGAACACCACAGAGUUAUUGUGGAAGGUACAUCUCCAUAGUAACUGGUUGCAUGGGUGUUAUAACUACCGCUUUACUGGUAGCCAUCAUAGCAAGGUAUCUUCAGCAGACCAGAUCUGAGAAAUAUGUGUUUAAUUUUGUGUCACGUCUGCAGAUUGAAAAUCGGAAGAAAACAGCAGCCGCAAAUGCAGUGAAAGCGGUACUGAGACUUCAUAUUCUGAGACGUUAUGGAGACGAGUUCAAAGGUGAAAUAAGGAAAUACGAAGAUAAAUUGAAAACUUCUUUAAACGAAAUAAGAUGUGCUAGAGAAGACAAGAAGGUAAUAGGUGAUGAUGCUGUUGGCAUUGUUGAUGUUGCCCAUACUGUUGAUAAAAUCAUGAAUGAGCUUGACCGGAAGUUCGCAGACGACAAGCAGAAUCGAGAGCGUUUGCAGAUCAUUGACCAUCGACUGGACGCCAUGGAAACAAAGUUAGAAAAAUUGUGUGACAUGAUGUCAACAAUCUCUAGAUAAGAUACAAAUAAUUAACACUAAAUUGAACAAAAUUCGCAAUUGGUUCUUAUCUCAAAGGCCAUUGUUUUGUGUAUAGUGUACGUUGUGAGUUAUAUGAUGAUAUAUGUGAUAAUUUAAAGAUUUAAAGAAUGAUCUCUUAAUUAUAAUGUGAUUUUAUAGAUAAAGUUAUAGAACAACUCCACCUCCCUGCAGACAGGUUACAAUUUUCGAAAUAAUUCCUUGAUUUAAAAUUAAUUUUCAAUUUAAAUUUAUUUCCAGUGUACAUAUGACCUACUAUAGUAUUAGCUUGCAAUAAAUUCUGCACAGAAAAUAAAAUUACAUGUGUGCUUGAUUAGAUAAAGGUUUAUAAAACUUAUAAUGACAUAAUGAU